GCCGAAGACUCCAAAGGCAGCCCCAACAGAUGACUUCAGUGCAGGUCUCGUGCCUCUUCAUCUGCACUCGCCUUUACGAGGAGCUUACGUCCGCCCCGGCUUCGAUGAGAAUUCAAUUCACAUUUACUUUGAGCAGGUAACUAGGGGAACAACUUUAUCUACUGGCUGCUCCUUGAUUUCCACUCUUUCAACCAUCGACUCGCGAGCCAUUGUCAGCUGUUGGUUUCGCAACUUGGAGCGACCCUGACGCUAUAAUUUCUUGUGGUUCUUGUUUGUUUUUGCGGCGCGUUUUGCUGCUCGAGCGGUGACCACCUGACAACUGUCAGGUUGCUGUUGUUCGAAGCCGAGGCAAGCCUUCGGGGAGUACAAAGUACAGGUAUCUCCACGGGCAGGGCCAUCAUCGCACUCAUUAUCAACCUAGAAACGAGCAGAUCCCCAUAAAGCUGCCAACAUAAAUAAGUAAGAUGGGGGAUUCUUACCACUUGGUCCCUGUGGACGAAUUCGAGGCGCUGUCCAUUGAGGUGAAGCCCACCUCACCGCCGCAGCAACGGUCCAAGAGAACCGAGAAGAAUUCCGCGUGCUCCCCGAGUGAUUCCAAAGAAACUGCUUCUACAAACACCAAGACGCCGAAAAUCAUUGAUCAUCUUGAUGUGCAAUGGCUGUAUAAGGACUUGGGCAAGUAUCCAGCCAAAACACAUGCUCGGAAGGUUGCUAAAGAACUGGGCGUGAACUGCGGUGUCGUGUACCUCGUCGGUCAGGAGGAGAAACUCUAUGAGGACUCGGACCAAGGCCCCGAGUUCCGCCAGCGAAGAUACUUUUACUACAUUACUGGUGCCGACUUCCCGGGAUGUGCCGUGACUUACGAGAUCGCCGCCGACCGGCUUGUCCUCUGGAUCCCGCAGAUAGAACCCCGGAAGGUGCUCUGGUACGGAAGGACGCCCACCCCCAAGCAGUGCAUGGACGUCUCGGAACUGGACGAUGUGCGCUACAUCAAGGACCUCAAUCGGACGCUCCUCGCCAAGGUCCAACCGGGUACCAUCAUCUACGCCCUGCACCCGGACCAGGCUCCAAAGCUCGUCGAACACCGCAAGGGGAUUGUGCAGAUCGACACCAUCAAACUCAAGCCGGCCAUCGAGCGUGCCAGGGUGAUCAAGACCGAUCAUGAAAUUGCCCUAAUCCGGCGGGCAAAUGCGGUUUCCAGCGCCGCCCACAAAAAGGUCCUCACGCUCGCCAAAUACCAACACAACGAGCACGACAUCCAAGCCAUCUUCGCUGCCUACUGCAUGGCCCACGGCGCCAAACGCCAAGCCUACCCGAUCAUCGCCGCCUCCGGCCCCAACGCUAGCACACUGCACUACACCAGCAACGACGCGCCCCUCGACCCCAACCACGUGGUUGUCCUCGACGCCGGCGCCGAGUGGCGCUGCUACGCCAGCGACGUCACGCGCACUUUCCCCCUGUCGGGUUGCUUCCCCUCGCGGCAGGCGGACGCCAUCUACCGCGCCGUGGAGCGCAUGCAGGAAGAGUGCAUCGAGCGCGUGGCGCCCGGCGUGCCGUUCUACGUGCUGCAUCUGCACGCGUGCGUCGUGGCGGCGACGGCGCUGUUGGAACUGGGCAUCCUGCACGGGGGGAGCGUGGCCGACAUUCUGAAUCGGGGCACCGUUGCCGCGUUUUUCCCGCACGGGCUGGGGCAUCAUGUUGGGUUGGAGGUGCAUGAUGUGUCAGGGAGGGAGAGGCUGUUGUUGCCGUCGGUGUUUGGGGAGUGGGAGGAGGUUUCCGGGAUUGGGCGUGGUCGGGGAAAGGUGUCGUCGAAGCGGGAGUUUGUUGGGCCCGAGCAGCUUGCCGCGCUGUACCAGGAGUCGUUGACUUCGGCGCUGGUUGACUGUGCGCUGACCUCUGAGGAAGGGGAGGCGGCGAAUGCUGGCGGAAGGCAGACGCUGGAGAAAAACAUGGUUGUGACGAUCGAGCCAGGGAUCUACUUUUGCCGCGAGUACAUUGAGGGCUACUUUGUGAACGAUCCGGCUCAUUCCCGAUACAUUAACAAGGAGGAGCUCGAUAAGUACUGGGACGUCGGCGGAGUCCGUAUCGAAGACGACAUCCUUGUUACGGACAAGGGGUACGAGAACUUGACAUGGGCGCCCAAGGGCUUCGAGAUGCUCAAGGAGGUCGAGGAGGCCCGGCCCUUCUGAUAAGAUGGCAUGUGGCGAGGGGAUAGGAGGUGGACUUAUGCCUUUUUCAUCAUGUGGGGGGUAUAUAUUAUUAUUCCUACACCGCUGUGCCCUCGGGCUUGCCGGACCUUCAACAACUUACUAUACAGGAAAACCGCGCCCUCGUGGGCCGGGUGAAAAACCCAUAUCGACAAUCAAGGAAACGAUCAGU